CCGGGAACAUGGCGGAGUCCGGAGGAGGGGAGUUCGUUUCGGUCCGGCAGAGCAGCAUGGCUGACAAGAGCAGCAUCAUGAAAUGUACCUUCUCUGCUCCUGGACACAGUACUACUCUUCUACAGGGAUUGACAGCGCUGCGUGCUCAGGGUCAGUUGCUUGACGUUAUUCUGACUAUAAACAGUGAAGUGUUUCAAGUGCACAAAGUAGUCCUGGCUGCCUGCAGUGAUUAUUUCAGGGCAAUGUUUACAGGAGGAAUGAGAGAAGCCAAUCAAGAUGUUAUUGAAUUAAAAGGUGUGUCUCCUAGAGGACUGCGUCACAUAAUUGACUUUGCUUACAGUGCGGAAGUUACACUUGACCUUGACUGUAUUCAUGAUGUCUUGGGAGCUGCUGUCUUUCUCCAAAUGGUCCCAGUUGUUGAACUCUGUGAAGAGUUCCUAAAAUCUGCCAUGAGUGUUGAAACCUGUUUGAACAUUGGACAAAUGGCAACAACAUUUAGUCUGGCAUCUCUGAAAGAAUCGGUGGAUUCUUUUACAUUCAAACACUUCCUUAAAAUUUCUGAGGAAGAAGACUUCCUUCAUUUGCCUUUAGAGAGACUGGUUUUCUUCCUCCAAAGCAACAAGCUUAAAAACUGUAGUGAAAUAGAUUUAUUUCGCUCUGCAAUUCGUUGGCUACAGUUUGACUAUUCCCGCCGUGCCUGUGCUAGUCAAGUUCUAUGCCAUAUUCGUUUUCCGUUGAUGAAGUCUUCGGAAUUGGUGGAUAGCGUUCAGACUGUUGAUAUUAUGGUGGAAGAUGUUCUGUGCAGACAGUACCUUCUUGAAGCUUUCAACUACCAAAUUCUCCCAUUCCGGCAACAUGAGAUGCAAUCUCCUAGAACUAUCAUUAGAUCCGAUGCCUGUUCUCUUAUAACGUUUGGUGGCACGCCUUAUACAGAUAACGACCGGACAGUGAGCAGCAAAGUGUAUUACUUGCCAGAUGUUAAUGCUCGACAGUUUAAGGACCUAAAUGAAAUGGAGGUAGGAUGCAGCCAUGCUUGUGUUGCAGUGCUGGACAAUUUUAUUUAUGUUGUAGGAGGACAGCAUCUGCAGUACAGGAGUGGUGAAGGAGCUGUGGAUGUCUGUUUCCGGUAUGAUCCCCAUUUAAAUCAGUGGCUGCGCAUUCAGGCUAUGCAAGAGAGCAGAAUUCAGUUCCAGCUUCACAUGUUGUAUGGUAUGUUGUAUGCUACUGGAGGAAGGAAUCGGUCGGGCAGUCUAUCAUCUGUGGAGCGAUACUGCCCUAAAAAGAACGAGUGGACCUAUGUUUGUUCUCUUAAACGCAGAACAUGGGGGCAUGCUGGCGCAACGCUUGGUGGUAAGCUGUAUAUAUCAGGUGGCUAUGGAAUAUCAGUUGAAGACAAGAAAGCACUACAUUGUUAUGAUCCUUCUAUAGAUCAGUGGGAGUUCAAAACACCAAUGAAUGAGCCAAGAGUCCUCCAUGCAAUGGUUGGGACCAAAAACAGAAUUUAUGCUCUUGGGGGAAGAAUGGAUCAUGUGGAUCGAUGUUUUGAUGUGUUAGCUGUGGAAUAUUAUACCCCAGAGACUGAUGCGUGGACAACAGUAAGUCCAAUGAGGGCUGGGCAGUCUGAAGCAGGCUGCUGUUUAUUGGAUAAAAAGAUUUAUAUUGUAGGCGGCUACAACUGGCACUUAAACAAUGUGACUAGUAUUGUGCAAGUGUAUAAUGCAGAAAAUGAUGAGUGGGAAAGAGAUUUACACUUUCCCGAGUCAUUUGCUGGGAUAGCGUGUGCACCUAUUAUACUACCUCAAAUAACAACUCAGAGGUAACUGGACAUUUUAUUGUAAAAGACUAUGGACCAACACUUCUGUUUUAUGUAUUUAAUAUUUUUAUAACUUUGAGUGUUGUACAUAAGGUUACAAAUAUGAGCAAAUGUUGCAUAUGUAAUGUUCCUCUCUAUACAUACAUAUCAUAUGCGCA